AUGGCUCUUUCAUUGGCAGAAGAGAAAGUGUUGGUGAUAAUGGGACCCACUGCCUCUGGAAAGUCUCGGCUUUCUGUUGAGCUUGCCACCCGUUUCUCCUCUGAAAUCAUCAACUGUGACAAAAUGCAAGUCUACAAAGGCCUUGACAUAACCACAAAUAAAAUACCCUUUGAGGAACAACUCGGCAUUCCCCACCACUUACUCGGUAACAUCGACUCAGCAACUCAUGGUGAUAUGUCCCCAAUGCAGUACCGCUAUAUGGCUUCCUCAUUGAUCUCUCAAAUCACAGCUCGUGGAAACCUCCCUAUCAUUGUGGGUGGGUCAACCUCGUUUAUCUAUGCCCUUUUAGCCAAACAUUAUAACCCGGACUUGGACAUAUUUUCAGGUUCAUCCCAAAUGUGUUCAAAGUUGAGGUACAAAUGUUGCCUCCUUUGGACUGAUGUCUCACUUCCAGUGUUGAACCAAUAUAUAAGCAACCGACUUGAAGACAUGCUUGACGCGGGGAUGCUUGAUGAGCUUGCCGAGUUUCAUCAGUCUGAGAUGGCCAAGUUGGAGCCAAACACCGGGGUGGCAAAAUCGAUCGGUGUGCCAGAAUUUGAGGAGUACUUUAGAACUUAUGGUUGCACCAAGAAGUCUGCAGUGUGGGAGUGGGAUCACAUGCAGAGGGGUUUGUAUAAGGAUGCUGUAAAAGCUGUACAGGAAAAUACUUGUAUGUUAGCAAAGACACAGGUGGAAAAGAUCAAAUGUCUGCAAGCAGGAGGGUGGAAAAUUAAGAGAUUGGAUGCUACUAAGUCGUUUAUGGCAUUAUUGGAAGGAUCAGACAGUUGGUGGGAAUCAUGGGAGACCCAAGUUCUCGAACCAAGCCUUAAUAGUGUUAAGAACUUUCUCAAGUCCUAG